AUGGACUCCCAGAUUUCCCGGCUCCCUUUGGAGCUCAUUCUGAAUGUGAUGACAUGCUAUCUCCCAUCCAAUCCGACGACUCUAAUCCCCGCCUCUCACCAAGCGACGCAGCUGCUGCUUAGCUUCAGCCUAGUCAAUCACGCAUCACACGAUUUUGCGGUCCGCAGGAUGCAGCAGCACUGCAUCGUCCUUGAUAGCGAUGAUAGACUUCGCCGUUUUUUGCUCUGCUUGGAGUCAUCUCGUGAGUCCAAGCUUGCCGUACCAUCAGUGUUCCACAAUAUCCACGCCAUGUAUUUGGCGCCGUUUGGCUCCGUCAUGGACAACUUGCCCGUUGCUGCUUGGGUUCGAGACCUGUUUGGCUACACGAGCAAUACCCUAAAGAAAUUGAUCGUGGACAUGCCAUUUGACAGUCUGCCACCUUGGAUUGAUCACCUAAAUGUCGGCCCCGUGUUGCUGGAGGGGUUUGAAAGAUUGGAAAACUUGGAGGAGUUUGUCUGCACCCGGAAUGCCGCUCGCCUCAGCAUCCGUGACGAGGGAGGGGAGCCAAAGUCUAUAUUGUACAGAUGGCCGAAGCUCCAACGGCUGGCGCUCAACAGGCCGUCGUGCGACGUGGACUUUUGGGAGAACUUGGCGGACCUUUCACACUUACAUCACGUCGUUCUAACGGGAGCCAUUGGCAACAUUCGUCAGAGCCUGGACUUUAGGGAAGUGUACCUACGACGUGCGAGGACACAAACUGCCCUUACAAUUGUGCUAGCAGAGGUCAGAGAACACACAGUGGUGCUGAAGCCACGUCCGAGGCGCGAGAUCGAUGACCACGAGAAUGAUCGACUGCGACUGGUGGCUUUUAAAAUAGGAAUACCGGAGAGAAAGACAUUUUUGGAUUCAAACUCAGAAUGGUUGAUGGGAACAGCGCUUGCUGGUGAGCUCUGGGAUGAUAGAGGGCAGCAAAUCGUUGACGUGCCUCAACUUGCAGUGCCGCAUCCACAGGUGGCUGAGUUGGAAUGA